AAAAUUUUCAAAGCCAAACGAAUGAGCUUGUGAGUGUUAUCUUACAUUCCUACGGCACAAUUUUUUUCUGAAAUGUACUUUGUAGUCCUUCCGAUCCGAUCUGAUCUCUGAUCACUUUCUUCAGCUUGUACAAAGUGGUAAAGCAGAUGUUCGGCAGUUCGCCUCUCCUCCCGUUCCCAUCGCCCCACCCGGAAUUGAAGAAAACCUCAAAGCAGCUCGCAUUGUGGAACCGAACGAGUCGUCCGCGGAAACAACUUCAGUGGAGGGACGCGUAGCAGAUCCAAGCGUAACAACGACAGAUACCGAAACGGAGGAACCUACUCAUCAGAUUGUGGAAAGAUUUCUACGACAUGUGGAUAAGCUGACAGCUGAGAUGCAACCCUUGCAAGCAUGGACGGCAACAUUUUCCGUAUCAAAGAAACCUGACCAGGUUCGGAAAAUGAUCAGUAUUUGUCAGGAAAAGCUUAUAGAGAUAAAAGACCAAGAAGCAAAAGUGAAUCGGCUGCAACUCGAACUUGAGCAUAUGCACCUAAGCGAUGACCUGACAGCUGCUCAACUAAAAGUAGCCAACGAUGCAUUUGAGAAAUUCGCCAAGAUCUUAAAGGGUUGGGUUUCUGACGCUGUUCCGCACCGUCUGACCAAUUUCAGUGUCAUCUGCUGA